ACCCGUUGAUCAUGUGAGCCUGAUGCACUGAUGGGACAUGUGCCACCUUGCCGUCACCGUGCCAGCCUCCGACUCAGCAGUCGGCGCUUUCUGAGCUGCUCUCUUGCGUGGUCGAUACCACAUUUCCGCCAUCCUAUACAUGGGAUUGACCUCUUCACUGGUCGACGGCCGUCCUAUGAUCGCGCUCUUUGACACGGCUGGUUCCCAACUCUCAACACAUGUCAGUCUUACGCGCCGCGAGUUCUACGAGGUUACUAGUCCCUACUCACCUCUCGUUGAUCGCCCUCCUCCAUUCACAUUUCGUACAAUACCACACUGCCUGCUUUUUGAGAGGUAGGAACCUGGCGAAUGUCGUCUGCGAUGUCGCCGUCGUUACCGAGCCUGGGCUCCCUCAUUGCCACCGCGCAAAAGUUCAGGGUGCGGGCUCACCUGUC